AUCGUAAUAAAAAGUUUUCUUUUAGAGAAUUUUGUAAUUUGUACGUUAAUAUUAAAAUAUACUUUGAAAAGAUAAUACAUAAUAUAUACAUAAGAUUAAAUUUGCAAAGCAAAUACAUAAAUAAACUAAUAAAAUUUUCAGAAGUGCUUUUUGGAAUAAUAAAAUCAAAAAUAUCGAAAUAAAUCAUGAAGGCGAUUGCUGUUAUUAUAUUAUUUGUUGCUGUGUCAGAUGCAUUGAAUCUAAAAGAUUUAAUAAGAGAAGAAUGGUUAGCAUACAAGAUGGAACAUCACAAAAAUUACAAUGAGGCAACCGAAGAAAAUUUUCGAAUGAAAAUUUUUUUGGAAAAUAGAAAUAAAAUUGCAAAACAUAAUCAAAAGUUUGAACAAGGAUUACAUUCCUUCAAAUUAAAAUUAAAUAAAUACUCAGAUAUGUUGCCAUAUGAAUUUGUUUCAACAAUGAAUGGUUUUAACAAAAGCAAUAGUAUUGUUACAUAUUCUUCAAACAAAGAAUCUGGGGCAACAUUUAUAAGUCCAGCAAAUGUAAAAUUACCGAAUUCAGUCGAUUGGAGAACAAAAGGUGCCGUAACACCAGUCAAGGAUCAAGGACAUUGCGGAUCGUGCUGGUCAUUUUCCGCAACUGGUUCAUUGGAGGGACAACAUUUUAGGAAAACUGGAGUAUUGGUAUCAUUAUCUGAACAAAAUUUGGUUGAUUGUUCAUCAAGUUACGGAAAUAAUGGUUGUAAUGGGGGAAUGAUGGACAAUGCAUUUAGAUAUGUCAAAGAUAAUGGUGGUAUUGAUACAGAAAAGUCCUAUCCAUAUGAAGGAAUAGAUGAUACUUGUCAUUUCGAAAAAUCUGCAGUAGGCGCUACAGAUAAAGGUUUUAUGGAUAUACCAGAAGGGGAUGAAGAAAAGUUAAUGCAAGCUGUAGCUGUUCACGGUCCAGUCAGUGUUGCGAUUGAUGCAUCGCAACAGUCUUUCCAAUUUUAUUCCGAGGGAGUAUACUACGAUGAGCAUUGCAGUUCAGAUCAGUUGGAUCACGGUGUCUUAGUCGUCGGCUACGGAACAGAUGAUAGUGGCACUGAUUACUGGUUAGUUAAAAACUCAUGGGGUACAACAUGGGGUGAUAAUGGGUUUAUUAAAAUGGCAAGAAACAAGAACAAUCAUUGUGGAAUUGCUACAGCGGCUUCCUUCCCACUUGUUUAAUCUAAUACCAAAUUCUUUUUUAUAAACUCAAUCAUUCCUUCACUUUAAGUUUUCCACAUUCCUCAUUUAAAUAUGUAAUCUAAUUAGUAUACAAUAUAGUUACACAUUUCCUUAUCUUUUAUAAAUAUAAGUUUGUUAAUUAGAAUAAUUAAGAUAAUGUUUAUUAAAAUUCAGUUGAUUCUAUUGAUAUAAUUAUUAAAAACUUUCGUUUGUAAUAAAAUAUUUUUUAAUACA